AUGCCAGCCACAGGCGCCGACGUCCUCGUGGUCCCUGACGACGUCCACAUCGUCGACGACAACAACAGCGCCAUCAGCAUUUCAAGCCGCGCUCAAUCUCCCGUCAACCUUCCCAUCGUCCUUCCUCCCCCUGAACAACAUCCACCACCCUCAAAACCAUCCUCAUCGUCGUCCAAGGUCGUAUCAGCCAAACCAAAGUCAGUGCGCCACAAACCACGCACACCGUCACCGUCACCGCCGCCCCCGCCGCCGCAACCUCCACGACAGACAAUCCGGCUUGAUAUCAAACUCGGCGGGCCUAGUAACUAUGAAGUGGAUAUCUCGUCCCUGUCAAAAGAGACGGGCCAGCGUCCGCCAACACCGAUACCGGUCAAGCGCGACACCAGCGAGAGCGAGGGUGAUGAUGAUGAGAAAAUCAAAGAUGGCUUGAGACCACCUCGGAAACGCAAGAAAAAGACACUGGCUGCCGAGUACUACGACGUUAACGACCCCUUUAUUGAUGACUCGGAACUCGCCAUCGACGAGCGGACAUAUUUUGCGCAGACCAAGCAGCAGGGGUUCUACGUGUCUUCCGGAGAGGUCGCGUUGCUCAAAGACAAAUCGCCGAAGAAGCAGAAAGCUAAGAAGGGGAAUCAUACGGAUCCUUCCACUUCGACGCAGCAUCGCGCGUUGGCGUCGAUCAAGACCGACGGGACGAAGGAUGCGCCUAUUGCGCUGAUGUCCGAUGCUGAAGACGAGCUUGGGACACCGCGCAACAAACCUGUUCCGUCUAUAGGCUCAGUUGGGUUGCUCGGACACACGCUUGUGAAGGGCAAGCGACAUCUGUCGGUGAUGGAAGGCGGCAAGAAGAAGAAAAUGAUUGAUGUCGAGACAUUUCAUCCCGAUCUCCAGGAGUCGUUCAAGACUCUGAAACAGGCGAUAGCGAACGAGGAUUGGGGGCAGAAGGGAAAGUUUCCGCCGUCUAUCAAGCCCUUGCUCAACUCUAUCGCCGUGCAAGCCAUCCAACUCGACCAGUAUGAUGAUUACUUUUUCGCGCUCAUGCCGGAACUGUUCCCCUAUAACAAGUUCACCAUGACCAAACUCAUCAAACGGACAGUGUUCAUAGAUCACUGCAAACUUCUGACUGAUCGGCAGGACGAAUUGCUGGCAGAACUUGCUGACCUGGCGAAGGCGGGGUUCGCAAAGGCGGAAGAGGAGUACGAACGGACUCUGAGUCAAUGGGCACAGCGGCAGGAGCAGUUGCGCGUGGAGACUGAAUUAGGCCGAGGGUCGUCGGCUGGUGCGGGGAGUGGUGAACAGCCGAGUCGGCCACCAACAGAGGACCCAGAGCCGCCUACGCACGACAUGGAAGUUGACGGUCCUCCGCCGUCACAGGUUGAUACAUCUGGUGCCGGCACCUCGGCGAAAGAGAAUGCGCCGACGAAGCGGUAUAAGCUCUCCGACGCGAUGAAGCUGAUCAUAUGGCAGUUGGUUUCAAUCAGCAACGAACUGUGUCGCUUGGAAAACGAGAAGAAUGCGUUUGAAAAUUCGAUGGCUACUGUCAGUGAACAAGGGCUGAGGAAGUCGGUAUAUCAGAAGGUGGUGGCCGCUUUCCCUCCCGGCUGGAUGACCUCCGGACAGGUCUCUCGCGAAGUGAGCGUGAUGAAGAAGAAGCUGGAGAAGGAGGCUGCUGACGGUUAA